AUGAAAGUUAAAUAUGUUAUCCAACCUUUUAUAAAUACAUAGAUGAUUAAUGUUAGCUUGCACAACUUCAUAUAAAAAUUAAUGGUUCUUAUUGUCAAGGUUAUUAAGAUGAAACACCAUGUAAAAAUACCAUAUUCUUAGAUUCUAAAUAUUUAAUUUAUAAAUACUAAUCUUAUUAUUAAUAUAUACUAUAAUUUUAACAACACACUCUUAUCUCUAAUAAGGGAUAACUUUUAUGAAAGGUUCUGA